UACUCGUUUGGCUGCAGGAGACUGAUAGCAACGCCGCCGCUGUCCUGAUUUUAUGUUUCUUCGCUUUCGUUUUGCCAACGUUUAAGUAGCGCACAGUUGUUGUAGUGCUCACCAAAACACUGCAGUCCUCACUAUUAAAGAGAAAACAUACGGUCAUAUGCCAUUAGACACGGACAGCUCAGCCUGCAAGUUGCUUUGCGUGGUUAGCUACUAGCCUGCUAACGACAGCGCGAUUUUAGCAUUUGGGCUUUUCGAGAACUUUCCCGUUAAGUCGUCCCAUCUUUUAGCCAGCCGCUUGGCUGUCAGCUGUGACAGUACAUGUAGUGACAGCUACCCUUGCAGACGACGUGAAUUAAACAGACACAGUGUGACAAAAUGGCUAAAUGGGGAGAAGGCGACCCACGCUGGAUCGUGGAGGAGCGUGCCGAUGCUACCAACGUCAACAACUGGCACUGGACGGAGCGCGACGUGACUGGCUGGUCGUCUGACAAGAUCAAGGCGCUGCUGCUGGGGGUGCAGGUGACGGGGGAACAGGGCGUGUGCGAGGUGACCGCCGUGGACAGCAUGGAGGGAGAGGCCUCCAUCAACAACCGCAAGGGCAAGCUCAUCUUCUUCUACGAGUGGCACAUCAAGGCCACCUGGACCGGAACCACAAAAAGUGGUAUCAAAUACAAGGGGACCAUUGAAGUUCCAAACCUGUCCGAUGAAAAUGACAUGGAUGACUUGGAUAUCAGCAUUGCCCUGGGCAAAGACGAGCCCAAAACCCCGCUGGCAGACCUGAUGAAAAAGGAGGGAGAGAAGAAAGUGCGUCUGGCUUUGGGAAGCUACGUGGGCCUUCUGAAGACAGAGUUUUCGCAAGGCAUGAUCCUCCCCACGGUCAACGGCAUGCCCAGCCAGAAGCAGACACAGGAGACUCCCCCUAAAAUCAAGAUGGACAUGACACAGUCGGCCUCAUCGACUUCAGUCUCGUCGAGUACAACGGGGGUGAAGAUUCCCACCUGCAAAUUCAAGCUGAAAGACUCGUUCCUCACAUCACCGGAGGAGUUGUACAGGUGCUUCGUCAACCAGGAGAUGGUCCGGGCCUUCACGCAUUCUGACGCCCUGGUGGAGAACUACAGAGGAGGAAAGUUCCGGCUCCUGGAUGGAAACGUGUCUGGGGAGUUUGUAGAUCUGGUACCUGAUGAGAUGAUUGGAAUGAAAUGGCGAUUUAAGACAUGGCCUACUGAACACUAUGCCAGUGUGACCUUGACGCUGAGGGACAAGGACGACGAGACGGAGCUGAUCCUGGACGUGCGAGGCGUGCCCACUAACGAGGAGGAGCGCACCAAGGAGGGCUGGCAGCGCUACUACCUGGCCGCCAUCAAGAUGACCUUUGGCUAUGGGUCACGCCUCCUCUGAUGCACACACACACAUGCACACACACACACACACACACACACACACACACACACACACACACACACACACACACACACACACACACACACACACACUUUCUCUUUUACCAAUAGACAGAAGACCCGCCCCACACACACUGUAUCUUUCUCUUUUAUGUAUGGACAGAGGAACACACACACACACACACACACACACACACACACACACACACACACACACACACACACACACACACACACACACACCAGGGCAUGUGAAUGGAGCUGAGUGGAGGAGCUGAGCCGCUCCUGCUAACGUGGAUGCUCUCGAAAGUUAAGCGCACUAUCCCUCAAAUUUGGAUCCGACCGCUCCGCUCAGAAAACGCUCCCUGCUCACCUAAACUUUCACCCCAUUUCUGGUGAAACCGCUCCAAAAAAAAGAGCUCAAAAUGUAACCCUCCUCUUGUGUUCGCAUUGCCAUUGACCUGUUUUAGUUUUUAAAUGUGUAAAACAACCACUUAAUGUUAAUGUUAAUUCAUUACGUCAAGGCUUUUGGUCUAUAGUUGAACAAAAAAGAAAAGGACAUUUUUGUUUUUCCUGAACUUGAAAAGUAGGUUAUUAUCAGGCAGCAAUUUCUGCCAAAAUAUGCAUCAUAACGGUUCUGCAGGGCAAAGUAGACCAAGUCAACUCGUUCCCUGUAUUUUUGCAUGUAUGCGAAAAUAAAAUACAUUUUUCAAAUGAAUUAAUAGUAACACUAUUUAUAGCACUGUAUGUAUUUCCAAAUAGUGGCAUUACAUCAUGAGAAGACUAUUUUACAGAAAGAGAAGUUCUUUCAGGAUCAAAAAAUGAGAAUGAAUUCUCUGACUAAGGCACUGCAAAUCAAAAUGUCUUUAAUAAUAUGACAUAAAUAUUAUUAUGUCAUAUUAAUAAAGACAUUUUAAUUUGGAGUGCCUUCGUCAGAGAAUUCAUUCUCAUUUUUUGAUCCUGGAAGUACUAUACCUUGGACUAAAGAGCACCCAAACCCAAGAAGCCAACAAACAAUCUGGAUAAGAGCACGCCAUACUCUACAACCCAAGAGAAGUUCUUUGUUAUGUUUUUGAUGUAAGACGAGAGUGGUGAAUUGGGGUGAAACGGAACCAUCUCUCAUCAUGUCCGUUUGGAAAAAUUCACUCUGCGCACUGUCAAUAUUACGCACACUCCACUCCUCACUCGCUCCGUCUCGCGCUUCGCUCUGUUUUCAUGCUCUGACACACACACAAACACACACACAUUCUCUCUCUCUCCCUCUCCCUCUCCCUCACACACACACCUAUAGACGGAAGAACACACAUACACACAAACACUCGUGCGUGCACACAGAUCUACACUCUGAGAUAUUCUCUCUGAGCAUCAGGCAGAGACACAGGGAGUGGACUACGCACAAUCGUAAUGUCGAUAAUGACGGACGGUAGCCAUCGCUGCCCAAUGUGGCGGCCACCUUUUCUAGCACCAGCUUCUGUAUUAUGUACACUUAGUGCUGAAUACCACGUCUCAGUCAUUGUCUACAUAAUGGGGGAAACUAAACUUAAACAAUGCAACUCGUAUCCUACCUAGCGAAAUAUGUAGUCAAGGUAUUGAACUUUUUCAAAUACGGCCUAGGAUUGCCCUGUCCUGAGUUGAAAAGCUUUUCUGUCCAAAACAAUGGAUGGCAAGAUUUGCUUGUAUUAAGAAGAAAAAAAAACAUAUCUCAAGGGUCAUCCCUGUCAUGUUUUAUGAAGUCAUGUUUUGACAUUUGUGACCCGUUUCAGUAUGUUUGCCUAUUUAGAGUUCUUCUGAAUGUAAUUUCAAAGUUUGUUUACUGGUGGUAUCUGUGUUUCACAUCUAAGGUCUAUCAUGAAAUUUCUGCAAUUUUAGCACAUGAGCUUGCUUUUGAAAUCACAAUGCCAAAAUAAUAUCAGACUGUUUAUUUUAAAUUCAUACUUUUCAGACCGAGAAGCUAUGGUUGAGCAGGAAAAUGUGACCCUAAUUGUAAAAAGAAAAGAUUUUAGAAGAGAGACACGUGUCGGCAAAAUAAAUGUAAUGCAUAAAUUAUUUGGAUGAAUGUUGUAUAAGUUGAAAGUUUGAUUCAGUGACCAGUUUCCUGAUAUAUUGUCAUUGCCCAUAAAAUGCAGGUACCAUGCACUUGCUGUAACAACUGCUGUUUCUCAAUAAAGACUUUAAAUCCA